CUGACAACCAUUCAUCAACAACAAGCAUGCCGUCCGCCGCGAAGUCGCGCGGCCCCAGCAAACGGCCUCUCGGGUUUCGCUCGCGUAGCUCUCACGAGUAUGAGGAAGAGGAGGAACUCGAGGCUCGUCUUUUCGGCACUCGCAAGCACCGGAAGACUCAGUUCGAUCACGACGUCGCAGAGGCUGGUCUGGGGUGGAUGCGGGACAAUGAGCUAUUCACGGUGGACCUACCUACAGUCAGCCGUGACGAUAACGUCUCCGAGGACGAGUUCGAUGAUGGACCUAAGAUCGAGUUCAUGGAGAAGCCUGAGGGCGAUCACCCAGAAUCAGACCCACGAGAUGAGUCUCAUGAGCUUUGGCACGACCCAGCGGAUGAUGCCCUGUCUGUCUCGCUGAAAGGCUCAAAGCGUAUGAGGAAGCUUGCACGUGGUCAGAAGGACGUGGACCACGUCAAUGGGAGCCAGCUGCAAUCUAAGCUGAGGGAGCAGUUUGAGCGCCUUCAUCCCAAGCCUGACUGGGCUUCGCGACGCCUCGAAAGCAAGAUGCCAACCAUGCAGCGCCUGCUAGCCUCGACAGCAUCGUUCAUCAGCACCGACGCCUUUGGCGAUCAGCGUCCUUCUCUGCCGACGACAACAAUCGACAUUCAGAGACUGCGCAAUGCUAACGCCGCUGUCCCCAGUGAAGAAGGUUCAAGCAGCGCACUCACUGGCACAGUUGAUCUGGCAUGGCAUCCCUCUGCCAAAAUGCCGGUCUUGGCAACAGCUGGCACCGACCGCCGGGUGCGAUUCUUCAACAUCGACGGUCACACCAACGCCCCCCUCCUUACCCUUCACAUUCCGUCCCUUCCUCUCUCUCGCAUUUCUUUCCAUCCGUCUGGGACAUCCCUUCUUAUCACCGGAACGCGACCAUUCUAUUACACGUAUGACCUUGCCUCUCAGACGAUCACCCGCUCUCCUCGAAAUCUCUUUGGCUCCGCGCCUACCCCAACUAGUCCACAGUCGCUGGAACGGACGCGGUUUUCGCCCGACGGAACUCUUCUCGCUGUGGCUGGCCGGCGUGGUGCCGUCAGCAUCGUGGAGUGGAGCCAUGGCGGUAGCACUGGUGUUGUUGUGGCCGAGCUCAAGAGUGGCCGCGGCGGAUCCGUCGCAGACCUUGCUUGGAGCGACGACAGCUCCGAACUGAGCGUGCUGGGGGGCCGUGAUGGAGCAGAGGUGGAGGUCUGGAAUGUGACGGAGAGGAAGAUUGUGCGACGCUGGAAGGAUGACCGAGCGUACGGCGGCAUGCUCAUGCGCCAACAUCGUUCGGAGUACACCGCUCUGGGAUCUUCUACCGGCAUCGUCAAUCUCUAUCGGUCAGCAUCAUUGACGUCGAUUGGGAUCAACGAAAACAGCAGGAUCGAACCUUACAAGUCAUUGGAGCAUUUGACAACGCCAAUCUCGACUAUGGCUUUCCAUCCUUCUGGGGAAUUGUUCGCCACGGCGUCCUCAGCGAAGCAGAAGCAGCUCAAGCUCUACCACCUGCCGACCGGGACCGCGUUCUCUAACUGGCCAACUCAGAACACCCCGCUUGGGCGCGUUAACUCGAUUGGAUUCUCGUCUGGAGGCGAGUACAUGGCUGCGGCCAACACGAAAGGUGUCGUUCUUCUUUGGAAUCUCAAGCACUUCGCAAAUUAG